CAAUAUAUGAAGUAGUCAUAAACACCCUGGCAGGCAUUUAAAAAACAGGAGUUACUGCGCUUUUCUGAGAGCGAGCGAGCGAGAGAGAGAGAGGUAUCAUUUAUGCAUGGUUGUGCUCAAAUUGAUUCAGAAAGAACACGAUUAUGAUGCAGAGGUUAUAUUUACCUGGAGAUUACAAAAGUUGAGUAAUAUUCUUGAAUAUACGGAUAUUUUAAGAAAAUUGCAUGAGUUAAAUAAUUUCAAGCAUAAGGAUUAUGUGAUCAAAUGGAACAGUGGUCGAAGUGUAUAUCAGAUAACAAAUACUGAAGAUCUACGUUAUGCACUCAAAGAACUAUAUAGGAAGUACAUUAAAGAUCAUUGUGUUCGACUACAUGUUACCCCAUUGUCUCACUAUCAUGAAUAUGGGCCACCUCCUCCAUAUGAACAAUGCUUUUCAUAAUGUGUAAAGUACUUGUUGUGUAGGAUGCAGUAGUUUUUCAAGGAAAAUUCAUUUAUCAGCAGUGAACAUUUUGUAAAUAUAACAUGUAUCAACAAAGAAUG